AUGGCAUGGCUGGCCGAUGUAAGUGGAGACAGCAAGCUGGCCUUGGAGCUGUUCUUCGGCAUGGCUCGGGAGGACGAUCCGGACGAGAGAACGUUUGUUGCUGCGCUCAUGGCCUGCGUCCACCUUUCAGCGUCCGAGCCACCUGUUCCGCGAGAAGAUGGAAAGCUAGUGCGAAUCCAGAGCCUAGAAAAGGGGAUGGAGAUUCAUUCUCUCGCCGCGAAGUUUGGACGCUGCGAGCACAGAUUUGUCGGGAGCAGCUUGGUGGACAUGUAUGCCAAGUGUGGAGAUAUGGUGAAAGCUCGAGCAGUUUUCAAACGCAUGCCUAGCCGGGACGUUGUCGUUUGGACGAGCUCGAUACAGGGAUAUAUAGACAACGGCGUGGGCUGGAAGACGAUCAAGUUGUGGGGAGUAAACUUCUACAGGAAGUGCGGAGUUAUGAGUGCGGCCGAGCACUUGUUUGGAUCUCUGGCAGUCCGAGAUAUCGUCGCCUGGAAUGCACUGAUCACGGGAUUCGGCCAACAGGGUGACACGUCGCGCGUGUUCGAAGCCUUUCGCGAGAUGCGAGAAGAUGGCGUGCGAGCAAACGCAAUCACAUUUGUCUCGGUCAUCACUGCUUGCAGCCACGGCGGCAUAGUUGAACGAGGCAGGGAGUUUUUCCAGGCAAUGGACCCGGACUCUGGCAUUGUUUGCGGGAUUCAUCACUACAGCAGCUUGGUGGAUCUCAUCGACGAGAAUGACUCGGCUGCGUACGUUCUGAUGGCGAGCAUCUACCGGAGCGCGGGGCUGUGGGAGGAUCAUGAUAAGCUCAAAACUAUACAGGAGGCGGCCUUGAAAGCAGAUAAGAAGAGUUCACUUCAUCAAGCGGUCACACGAUGGUGA